AUGUCACGACUCACGAGUCACGAGAUGUUCAUGAUCCCGACUCCUGAGAAUACUCGACUGCCCGAAUUACCUCUUUUGCCCCUCCUUUUUUCUGGGACAUUAUUAUCCAGUUCAAGUGGCCACGUGUCUUUCUUACAGUCUCCAUUACCAAAAGUGGGCCCCGCCACGAACGUGAGGUUUUGUAAUGACAUUGACAGCGACACACCACAGGAUUUAUUCCCCGCCGGCUGGGAACAUCCGCCGUCCGCCUCCCCCAGCUCGUUCUUCAGCCGCGCCGCCGCCGCCCUCCUCUCGUCCCCGUCGCUGUUCGACGGCGUGGACGGGUCGGACGGCGGCCCAACCGCCUCGGCCUCCGCCACCGUGACCUCGUCGGAGAACAUGCUCCGCAGCUGCUCGUCGUCCAGCCCCUCGAACCCGGCCGCAGCUGACUCCACGAAGGCGAUGGGGUCGCUCACCGUCCGGCGGUGGGCCCCACGUCGCCACGCGGAGAAGUCGAGAAACUCGUCCGCCCAAGACCAGGUGUGGGACAUCGGGAUCGGAGCCUUGGGCGGCAGCUGCUCCAUGCACUUUCGGAGAGAAUGGAAAAAAAGUGUUCUUAUUUGGAAUAAGAAUGGAAUUGGAGGGCUCGAGGAGAAUUAA